AUGAAAGCAGAUAGUAACUUUAAAAAACUUUAUGUAGAUUGCAUGAAUGAGUACCUUACCUUAGGUCACAUGAAAGAAGUGAAAGUUGAGGAUGAACUAGGUCCAAACUAUUUUUAUUAUCUUCCACAUCAUGCGGUUCUGAAAGAAUCAAGUACUACAACCAAACUACGGGUAGUAUUUGAUGGUUCUUGCAAAUCAUCAAAUGGACUUUCAUUAAAUGAAUGUCUUAUGGUAGGCCCACGCCUCCAACUCGAUAUAAUUGAUCUGGUGGCAAGAUGGAGAAAAUUCAAAAUUGCUCUAGUUGCAGAUAUAAGCAAAAUGUAUCGUCAAAUUUGGGUGGCUCCAGAAGACACACCAUAUCAAAUGAUCUUAUGGAGAUCAUCCCCAAAUGAAUCCAUAAAAUGUUAUUGUUUAAAUACAGUUACCUUUGGAACUGCUUCUGCUCCCUUCUUAGCUGUACGAAAAUUACAAAGGUUAGCUGAAGAUAUUGAACUUAAUUAUCCUCAUGUAGCAAAGGCAAUCAUGGAUGGUUUUUUUGUCGAUGAUCUUAUAUAUGGAUCAGAUAAUGAAGUUGAAGCCAUUAGAUUGCAAAAGGAUAUGGUUUCAAAUUUACAAGCAGCAGGGUUUCCUCUCAGAAAAUGGGCAAGCAACUCACAAAGAGUUAUGGAGGGAAUUCCUGAAAAUUAUAGAGAGAUUAAUCUUCCUCUAGAUUUAAAAUCAACAGAUGCCAUAAAAACAUUGGGGAUUCAAUGGCAUCCUAGCAAGGACUACUUUAGCUUUAAAAUAAACUUACCUGAAACUUCAAAAUUAUCAAAGCGAUCAGUUCUAGCCGACAUCGCUUGCCUGUUCGAUCCAUUGGGAUUGAUUUCUCCUUGCAUUGUCAAGGCAAAACUUAUACUCCAACAACUUUGGACUAGAAAUUUGGCUUGGGAUACACCUUUACCACAAGAUAUAGAAAAGUCUUGGACAGAUCUUCGCAGUACCCUGCCAAAAAUUUCACAAAUAAAAAUACCACGUUGGAUUGAUUAUGAAAUCUCGUCCGAGGUGGAGCUGCAUGGCUUUAGCGAUGCUUCAGAAAAAGCUUAUGCAGCAGUCAUCUAUAUACGUGUCAUACAAAAUAACAUUAAAAAAAUACACUUAAUAGCAUCUAAAACAAGAGUUGCUCCAGUCAAAUGCAUUUCUUUACCACGCCUUGAACUUUGUGCAGCAUUACUCCUGGCUAAACUAAUAUUCACAAUUAUUAAAGCCAUGCAAUUUGAAAACAUUAAAACAUAUGCAUGGACUGACUCUAUAUGA